AUGGCUUCCUCUGCCCCCGGCGAAUUAUUUGAGCCGCGCCAGACCUCGUUAACAUCCGACUACAAACCCGACCCGUCCCGAUCCCUCAAGCUUUCACCACAACGUCAAGCCUUGGUCGACGACAUCAUCGCUCUGUACUCGUGCCAGCCCACUAUCGAGCGUGUUAAGCGUUACACCCCUGAUUGCGUGUACGAUGACCAAUUCGGCUAUGCCAAUGACCGCUACAAGACGGCGGGACAGUGGUUCGCUUUGCCCAAGUUGUUCAAGGCCAGCAAAAAUAUGGGCUACGAAAUUACCAAGGAUGGCAAGGAUCUGAUCCAGUUUAAAAACGAGCAAGAGUGGACGUUUCGCCUCAUCCCCAAAUCGGCCACCCUUAACACUCUCGUGUCGUUGAGCCUUGACCCUGCGACCAUAGACAAGGAUUUUAUCCAGGUCAAGUACCACAAGGAACAAGCAAACGAGAAGGAUUACAGCCACGAAGGGUUGGGCUUUAAUUUCAAGAAGUGGCAAGCGGACCACGUAGCGGAGAACAUAGAUGCGGAGGAGGUAAACUACUUCAAGGACGACAAAACUGCUGCGAAACUCGAGAUUAAAUAA